AUUCCCAAUUCCAUUUCCACCACGAAGGCCUCUAGUCCCGUAGUCAUGGCCACAGAAGAAAUAGUUUUGGAAGAAGAAGAAGAAGGAGAGAAGGAAAGAAUGGUUACGUUGGGAUCCUACAAAGGGAUGGUUAGGCUGCUGAGGGUGAAAGCAGAACAAGAGGAGGAGGAAGAAGAAGAAGAAGAAGAAUUGGACUCAUUUGCUGCUACCGCAGCUUCAGAGGAGAUAAUGCUGCUGUGGGGAAUGCAACAGCCAACUCUCUCCAAACCAAACGCAUUCGUUUCUCAGUCUUCUCUUCAACUGAAACUCGAUGUCUGUGGUCACUCACUCUCCAUUUUCCAGUCCCCUUCUUCUUUGAGCACACCUGGAGUAACUGGUGCUGUCAUGUGGGACAGUGGAGUUAUAUUGGGGAAGUUUCUAGAGCAUGCUUCGGACUCAGAGUUGCUACUUCUUCAAGGCAAGAAAGUUGUUGAAUUGGGCUCUGGCUGUGGAUUAGUCGGCUGCAUUGCAGCUCUUCUAGGUGGUCAAGUUGUCCUCACAGAUCUUCCUGAUAGACUCAGACUACUGAGAAAGAAUAUUGAAGUCAAUCUGAGACAUGAAGAUAUGCGAGGUUCAGCAAAAGUGAUGGAAUUCAUAUGGGGAGAUGAUCCUGACCUGGAACUGACAGAACCUCCACCUGAUGUUGUGCUAGGUUCUGAUGUAAUCUAUAGUGAGGGAGCAGUUUUGGAUUUGCUGUCUACGCUGCGGCAACUCUGUGGAGGUGAAACAACAAUCUUUUUGGCUGGAGAACUUCGAAAUGAUGCUGUCCUUGAAUACUUCUUAGAGUGCGCAAUGAAGGAUUUUGUAAUUGGGCGUUUGGACCAAAGACAAUGGCAUCCGGACUAUUGCAGCAGUCGUGUUGUUUUGUAUGUUCUCGUCAAGAAGUGAUAGUUGGGGGAAAUGAUCAAUGGGUAAUUCAUAACCAAUACAAGUUCAAUCAUAAAUGGUCAUGUAAUUCACUUUCAUUGACCUGUAUUCAUGAAAAAGAGAGGAAAGCCCUUAAGUUGUGGCCUGUAUUCAUCUCUUUUAGUCUCAGUUUUGUGUGAUGCCAUGCCAGAAGAGAAGAGAAUGCUUCAAUUUUGGAAUCAAACUUUUGUUACAUUUCUUCUUUUUAACUUGUUUGAGACAGAGAAAUAUGAUGCAGGAAUUGGAUAAUGGUUGGUAAA